AUGGUUGAAAAUAUGAAGAGAAGCAACUUUGAAGUGUUGGGAUUGUGUUGUGCUACAGAAGCGGAACUGGUUGAAAGAAUUUUGAAGCCUCUUCAUGGAGUAAAAGACAUCUCUGUGAUAGUCCCUACCAAAACAGUCCAUGUGGUCCAUGAUGUUCUCUUAAUUUCUGAGUCACAAAUAACUGAUACACUGAAUAUGGCAAGACUUGAAGCUAGUUUGAAGCCACAGGGAGAGGCCAACAAUGAAAAAAAAUGGCCAGACUUAUCUACUAUAGCGUGUGGCUUGUUACUAGCACUUUCUUUCUUGAAGUAUAUAUAUCCCCCUUUGGGAUGGUUGGCUCUUGGUUCUGUUGCCAUUGGCUUCCCUAGAGUUCUAUUCAGGACCAUAGCUUCCAUUAGGGCUCUUACUCUUAAUAUCAACAUUCUGGUUCUAUUGUCAGUGUGUGGUACUGUUGCUAUACAAGAUUUUUGGGAGGCUGGAGUCAUCAUCUUCAUGUUCUCCAUUGCUCAAUGGCUUGAGACAUUGGCAACUCACAAGGCAACGGUUGCAAUGUCCUCUUUAACUAGCAUGGUUCCUCAAAAGGCUGUUGUUGCUGAGACCGGGGAACGUGUUGAUGUCAGUGAUGUUGAGAUCAACACCAUCCUAGCGAUCAAGGCUGGAGAUUCUAUUCCUCUUGAUGGAGUCGUGGUGGAAGGAAAGUGUGAAGUUGAUGAAAAGAUGUUAACAGGAGAAUCAUUCCCUGUUACCAAAGAGUUAGAUUCAAUAGUCUGGGCUGGAACUAUUAAUCUGAAUGGAUAUAUAAGUGUAAAAGCUACAGUGUUGGCAAAUGACACAGUGGUGGCAAGAAUGUCAAAACUUGUUGAAGAGGCUUCUAGCAGAAAAUCUCGAACACAAAGAUUCAUAGAUAAUUUUUCAAAAUACUAUCUUCCAGUGGUUGUCUUGAUUUCAGCUAGCAUUGCUGUGGUUCCAGCUGUAUUAGGAGUUCCUGAUAUUAAUCCUUGGUUUCAUCUGGCAAUUGUGGUUUUAUUGAGUGCAUGCCCUUGUGCUCUCAUCCUCUCCACACCUGUUACAAUCUUUUGUGCUCUAACAAAAGCUGCAAUAAGUGGAUUAUUACUGAAAGGUGGAGAUUAUAUUGAAACACUAUCUGGAAUUAAGACAGUUGCUUUUGAUAAAACGGGCACAAUAACAAGAGGAGAGUUCUCUGUGACAGAUUUUUCUGUUGUUGCAGAUGACAUUAGCAUAGAAGCCUUAUUGUACUGGGUUUCAAGCAUUGAGAGUAAAUCAAGUCAUCCUAUGGCAGCUGCACUAGUGGAAUAUGGAAUGUUGCAUUCUAUCAAACCCAUCCCUGAAAAUGUGGAGAAUUUUCAAAAUUUUCCGGGGGAAGGAAUUUUUGGUGCAAUUGAUGGGAAGGAUAUAUAUGUAGGCAAUACGAGAAUUGGUGUCAGAGCAGGCUGCGAAAGAGUUGAUUGUAAUGUGCAAUUAGUAAGUCAAGAAAUUUCAACCCCGAGGGGAUCAACUCUGGUUGGAGUCUUCAGCCUGGUUGAUACUUGCAGAUCAGGUGCUUUGGAUGCAAUAGAAGAGCUAAAGUCAUUAGGUGUGAGAUCAGCCAUGCUAACAGGAGAUAGCACUCAAGCUGCUAAGUAUGUUGAGAGUCAGUUGAACCAUGCUCUAGACAUUGUUCAUGCAGAACUUCUACCCGAGGAAAAGGCAGUGAUUAUUGAGAGUUUCAAGAAAGAUGGACUAACAGCCAUGGUUGGAGAUGGCAUGAAUGAUGCUCCUGCAUUAGCUACAGCUGACAUUGGUAUCUCAAUGGGAAUAUCUGGUUCAGCUCUAGCAAAUGAGUCAGGCAAUGCAAUUCUCAUGUCAAAUGACAUCCGAAAAAUACCUGAAGCCAUUAAGCUAGCUAGAAAAACUACAAGAAAGCUCAUUGAGAAUGUCAUUAUUUCAGUUGUCUCCAAGAGUGCCAUACUGGUAUUGGCAAUUGCAGGAUAUCCAAUAGUUUGGCUUGCUGUGUUGGCUGAUGUAGGGACCUGUUUACUUGUGAUUCUCAAUAGCAUGUUGAUUUUACAAGAGAAACCAAAGUAUGAAAGAGAAUCUACAAAGUCUAAAUAUGGCACCUUCUUGGAAGAUAAGACCAUAACUCUACUUGACAAGCAAAGUAAUAAUGAUGAGGAGAGCCAAGGGCUUCUUACUGUGGAAAAGUGUGGUAAAGAGUGCUGUAAAAAUGUCACUCCUCAUUUGGCAACUACAAAUGCAACCAAACAUGAAUCUUCUGAACCUCCAAAGUAUAGCUUACUCAAGGGAAACAACCAUGGGAACUUUGUCUUGGUUGAGGUUCAUAUAGGGAAACCUUCCAAUGGUUGCGGUGUUGACAAUAUCGGUAGCCUUAGCCAGCCAGAAAUUAUUAUUGAGUGAUUCUCGUUUCUGCAUGGAGCAGUGAAAAAAAAAAAAUUUAGGUUGUUAAAUUUGAAGUUUGAAUUCAAAAAACUGUUUUGUUUAGAAUAUUAUUUGGAUAAUACCUUAUUGUUGUAAAUAUUAUUAUUUAUUUAUUUAUUAUUUGUUGUAUUGGACUUAGCCCAUUAGGUCAAGUAUUCUAGGUCGUGUAUU